CCCUCCCCGUCUUCCUCGCCCCGCUCUCGCUCCAAAACGCAACGCAAGCGCGCGCGCCUCGCAGAUCGGGGCGGGCUGACCCUCCGCGGCCACCGUUCGGGCCUAGCGCGCCUCCGUCACCCAGCCUCCUUUUCUCUCUCUCUCUCUCUCUCUCUCUCUUCUCAGGCGAGCGAGCGCGCCAUCCGCCCCUCCUCCUCCUGUUCUUCAUCCUCGGGCUUUUUUUUUUAAAUUAUCAUUAUUAUUUUUUCCCCCCCUUCCUCUUCCUCCUUUUUCCCGCCCGCCUUUGCGGGAGAGAGACCUUUGACCUCCCCUCUCCGGUUGUUAUGUCGGGCCUUGGCCGCCGCCGCCGCCGCAUUCCUUGACGCGCGCGCCCGUCGCCUCAGCCGCCGUCUUGUCUUUUUUUUUUUUUUUGCUUUUUUUUUUUUUAAUCCCCUCGCCUCAUAGCCGCCCGGGGGUGGGUGGGUGGGUGGGCUGCGCGCGCGCCCACACCCUCCUCCUCCUCCUCCUCCUCGAAGCCCGCGCUCGCCCGCAGCCCCGCCCGAGUAACGGUCGCCUCCUCGCGCCAGGCGCGCUCCCGCCGCCGCCAGCCCGCCCGCCCGCCCGCGGCCUGCUCCCCCCCGCCCCCCAUUACACACACUUCGCGUGCGCGCGCGUCCGCCCGGUCAGCUCGCUCGCCCGCCCGCCCGCCCGGAGGAGGAGGAGGAGGAAGAAGAUGAAGGAGAUGAAGCAACGGAGGAAGAAGGAGCGCACGUGGGCCGAGGCCGCCCGCCUGGUGCUGGAAAACUAUUCUGAUGGACCCAUGACCCCGAAACAGAUUCUUCAGGUUAUAGAAACCGAGGGCCUAAAGGAAAUGAGUGGCACAUCCCCACUGGCCUGCCUGAAUGCAAUGCUUCACUCCAAUUCACGAAGCUGUGAUGGGCUUUUUUAUAAACUUCCUGGGCGGAUCAGCCUAUUUACUCUCAAGAAAGCGGCUGCCCAGUGGUCUCGGACCCUCGCUGGCCCUGAAGGGGAAGAGUUGGAUGAUGCAGAAAGCAGCGGUUCCAAUGAAGCUGCCAGCACUGUGAGCGGAGACAACGACGUUUCUCUCGAUGAAACCUCUUCCAAUGCUUCCUGUUCCACGGAGUCCCAGAGCAAGAGCUCGCUUGCCCUCCGAGAGAGCACCAGGACAGCGUCCCAGGUGAGCAAACAGAAGAAAAAGGCGGGCGUGAUGCUUCCACGCGUGGUCCUGACUCCUCUGAAAGUAAAUGGGGCCCACAUGGAACCCUCCUCCGGGUUUGCGGGGAAACCGGUUGGGGACGAGAGCAGCGGCGGCAGCAGCAGCAGGUCUUCCGCGUUGCCCGGCGCGCUCUGCAACAGGACAGACAUGGCGAGGGAAGCCCCCCAUCUGCUCCGGGGAGUCCGCAAACCCUCAGGCGGACAAAUGAAGAGGAACAGGGGGGACGACAUAGACUUUGAGACGCCGGGCUCCAUUCUGGUGAACACAAACCUGCGGGCACUGAUCAAUUCCAGGACCUUCAACGCUCUCCCCCUGCACUUCCAGCAGCAGCUUCUCCUCCUCCUCCCUGAAGUGGACAGGCAGCCUGGGACAGACGGACUGCUGCGCCUGAGUGGAAGUGCCCUCAAUAACGAGUUUUUUGCUCAUGCCGCCCAGAGCUGGCGGGAGAGGCUGGCAGACGGGGAGUUUACUCACGAGAUGCAGGUCCGCAUCAGGCAGGAAAUGGAGAAGGAAAAGAAAACAGAAAUCUGGAAAGAACGGUUUUUCGAGGACUAUUACGGGCAGAAGCUGGGCUUGACCACAGAAGAGAAGAAUUUGGCCCCCAGUGAGGCAGAGAAGAGGACCACAGCCGCCUCCCCAGAAGGCCCAGCCAGGGCGCCCUGCACUCCCACAGCCCACCAGCCGGACGGCCACUUCAAGAGGCGCUCCCUCCGCUGCCGGAACCGCCGGAACCGGCAUAAGUUGCACGAAGCGGAGCCUUCCUCCCUUGCCAAAGAGGCAUCCUCCUCCUCCUCCUCAUCUGCGGAGGCCACACCUGUCGGGGAGAGAGAGGCCAAUCCUGCCACGGAGUGCCAAGCCAUCCGGGCAUCUCCCUCAGCCGAGAUGUCCCUGGAGGUGACGAAGGUCUUGAGCAAGGUGGAUGAGGCCGUGGCGGCGGCAGCGGCGGCAACCCCGGACCGAAUUCCCAGCCUGCCUCUGGGGCCGCAGGAGCAGCCGAAGAGGAAGUGCUUCGAGCAGCCGGCCUCUCCCUCUUUCCCCGAAAAGAAGCCCCGGCUUGAGGAUCGUCAGUCCUUUCGUAACACAAUUGAAAGUGUUCACCCAGAAAAGCCACAGCCCACCAAAGAGGAGCCUAAAGUCCCUCCCAUCCGGAUUCAACUUUCCCGAAUCAAACCCCCCUGGGUGGUUAAAGGUCAGCCAGCCUACCAGAUAUGUCCUCGGAUUAUCCCCAAUCCAGAACCCAUCAGGCCGGACCGAAGGGGGAGCCCAGCCUCUGCUGACGCUGAGGCCUGUCCUUUGCAAGACCGAGUCCAGCGAGCGGCUUCUGCUCCUGCCUCCACCAUUGGAGGUGGGGGUGGGCCGGGAGGAGGCGGCGGAAGGAGCCCAGACGAAGGCGGUGGUGGUGGUCGCGGCGGCGGCGGCAGCAGCAGCGGCAACAUCAACAACAGCCGGGUCCGGCAAUCCAGGGGCCACCGCGCCAAGCACUGGCGUCGCAAGAGAACUCGUGGGAAGCGCUGGUCAGAUUUACAGCGAGCACAGCUAUUGCCGCCUUCCCACCUAGCUGGGAAGAGUGCCGGCUGGCAGGAGCCUGAAGCGAGCUUGCCUUCUCAGGCCAGAGAGCCUGCCGGCAAAGCAGCGCUCGAGCAGGGCGGACAGGCCGCGAGUCUUCCUUCCCAGGAAGCUGCUGCCCAGCUGGAGGAGUCCUCGGAAGGUGGCGUCCCAGAUCGCAGAGCGGCGGAAGGGCCGGUCGGUUGCCCCGGUCACCUUGUGGAUGAUCCCAGGCCUCCACCUUCUUCUCCAGAUGCUACUCUGGAGGGCCGCAAUCGGAAGGAGAGGAGGGAAUCUCCUGUGGGGAGCCAGCGGAGCAAUGGCUGGCCAGGAGGAGACCCCGAAAGCGGCCUCUUCGGAGCCACAAGCGGGAAGGAGGGCUGUGACUUGCCUUCUGAGAGCAACCCGGGAGUUGGCUCGCAGGCAUUGGCUUCUCCCGCUUGGGAGGGCCUUCCAGAGGAACCCAGUCUUAUUGGGAUGGACCUUCCACCAUACCAAACUCAGAGGGCCACACCAGGCCCUGGAAGAGGGGCCCUAAGUAGCCCAGAGGAAGCUUCCCAGUCGACAACAGGCCUGCUCCCUCCUUGCUGCGAUAUGACCAUCCACGAGAGCCCAGCGGCGGCAUCCUCAGGCAUGGAAGUAGAGACCAACCGAGAGCGGGCAACGGCAGGGCCGAGCGCCAGCCCCGGCAUUGACGAGGAAGCCCAGAGUCCACUGAGUGAGACCACCGAGACGGCCUCCGAUUUGGACGCUGAGCUCACCGAUGAGAACUUGGAGAUAAACGGGGAUUGUCGCCAGGCUGAAGAGAGGGAAGACGGGUCGGACCAGAGGCGCCUGGAGGGACGCAGAGGGGUCAUCUCAGAAAGCAGGGAAGGUUUGCCUUCGGAGGUCAGGGUUGUCGACUUACACUGCAGGACAAGGUUGCUGGCGCCUAUCCUCGCCGCGGGCAAGUCAGUUCUCCCCGUUGAUGUCGCAAUCCAGGAAAGGUCCUGCUCGGCCGUCCCGCAGCCUGUGUCCACUGAAGCAAGCGAGCCCCACGAGGGACGAGUAAUCCCCCAGGGCCUGCCUCCCCAAAGCAUUUUGCCGGCCUCUUCUGAGGCGGACGCAGCCUCUUCUCGGGACAAACGUCCGGCAGAGAUUCGCCCUUUCCACGAAGCGGUUAAGGGUGGUGAUCACCUCGUGCAGGAUGUCUCUUACAGGGAGGGGACAGGCCUGAGUGUCCCGACCAGGAAGGCCACGCGUGCACCCCAACCUUUGUGGGACUCUGCCGAAAGGGCCUGCCUGCCUCUGGAGAAGAGUCCCAAUUUAGGAUCCCUGGAUCAAGCCGUCAAUCAAUCCCUGAAAACCGAGCUCUCAAAUCUGGGAAAGAAUCCGAUCUCUCCCUGUUCGCAUCCAGAUCAAUUGGAUCCUUCCCGGGCAAUUUCUACUGCCAGCAUCGGGAAGCUGGACGAGAAGCUCAAGAUGGCCCCGGGGCCCAAGCUCCCUCUCCGCACGACUUCUCUGCGGCCGGAGCAGCCGAGCAACGGCCCCGUAGAGAAACCCCCCGCGGCUCUGGGCAGGAAGGUCUUCGGCUCGGGCGUCUCCGGCGGGGCUUCAGCCAAGGCCCAGAAGCCCCACGGCUCGGAGCCCUUCCCCAUGUGGGCCAUGCUGUCGCACAGCAAAGUGGUCUCUCCCCCGCCCAAGGCCGUUGCCCUGGGAGCCUGCUUGCCUCCGGCGAGGGAGGACUGGCCGUCCAAGAGGAACGGUGGCGGCUCAGCAGAGAACAAGAAGGUCCUGGCCUCCAUCCAGAGAAAGAGGGAGCCGCAGAAAGAGGCGCCUCCCCAGUUGAUGGAGCCUUGGCAGAGCCUCCCCCUGGUGAGGGACCUGGCUUUUUUCAAGCUGCCGAAGGAGCCGGGGAAGGGGGCCACGCAGCCCCUGGAGCCUUCCUCCCUCCCUUCCCAGCUCAACAUCAAGCAGGCGAUUUACGGGAAGCUCUCCAAGCUGCAGCUGAAUUCCUCCCAUCUGAAUUACGCCUCUUCGGCGGGCGGCUCCUUUUUCCCCAGCAGCCUGGAAGGCGGCACCGGCCCCUUUGGCCCCAAAGCCAACUUGGCGGCGUCUUCCCGGGGCAGGCUGUCUUUCUCCGCCCAGGUGUUCGCCGAGACGGGCAAAGGCAUGGAAGAGCUCUCCCUCAAGUGCUCGUGCAGCCUUAAAGCUAUGAUCAUGUGCCAGGGCUGCGGGGCCUUUUGCCACGACGACUGUAUCGGGCCCUCCAAGCUUUGCGUGCUGUGCCUUGUGGUCAGAUGACACUCACGGGCCCCGGAAGGAAAAGCUGUAUAUUGACAGGUUCAGAGGAGGUAAGAGGAGGAGGAGGAGGAGGAGGACGCCGACCAGGAACGACCGUAUAUGCAAAAAGAUUCUGGUCCUAACGAAGCCAAUAUGGACGCUGUUACGUCUUGGGUUUCCCUGCUGGGGGUGGCAAGUCCGUCAUGGAGACAGUCGUGGUUUCAGAGGGUGGAGGAUUUCUCCCCUCCUGUCGAGGAACUCUGGUUUGGAGAUCCGGCCCGUUGGCGCUCGGACCGUUCUUGUGCCGUGAGCCCCAUCCCGGUGGGGUGGGUACGAGGGAAGAGCUGACCUCUCCCUCCCCCGCCACCUCCUAUUCAAAGGCCGAGGGAAAGAGGCCCGAGCUGAAUCUGUCUUCCAUUUUGUCUCCCUGCCACCUCCCCCCCCCCCCGAAGCGCUGACCCCGGGUCGAACCGGAGACGCACGGCGGUGGGUUUCGGAGAAGAGGAGGCCGAAACGCGUCUCCCUCCCUGUAUCUGGGAAGACUCUUCACUUUUGAAGCAGUGCCAUCUUUUU